GUGGUGCCUUGGAGAGACCCCAGAGAUAAGCGCAGUCAGGAGCGCAAAAACACUCAGAAAACACGACGCACAGAGAACCCGCGCAACCGCUUCAAGUUUCACUUUGGCGCACGAAUUAUACCGAUGUACAAAUGUUGUACAUUUCUGCAGCUUUUCCAUCGUGCCAAAAGGAUUUAUUUGAUAUUACUCUGACCUCAUCACUUGGUAUGAAUUGUAAUUAACCGAAUUACGGGCAAUUAACAGCCAGUCAGUUGAUUUAUAUUUACUUUUAUUUGUAAACUCGGGUGUAGUCGCAUCUUGUAAUCAAAAUUCGUGGUGAUGUUACUGGAUGCCGGCCACCAAAUCUCUAGUUUAGGGGUUGGCACGUUCACAAGGCAUCACUCGGCUGUGAGCGAGACACAGGACAGAGAUAUGAGUUUCAUGGAAUCGGCACAUAUUGGCGCGUUCAAACUGAACCACCCCGAUUUGUCCCCGGGUCAGAGCGCAGCGUUUGCGCCCCAAGCAACCAGCUAUUCCGCAGCCGCUCUUGGAGCGCAUGCGGCUGCGCACGCUGCCUCGUACGCCACUUCCACGUUUAACUCCACCAGGGAGUUUCUCUUGCGCAGCCGAGGCUUUGGAGAUUCGACUCCGGGCAGCGGACAACACCCCAUCUUCAGCUCCACAGCAGGGCCUCUCCAUCACUCUCACCCAGAAGGCCAGGGCCACCUACAUUUCCCCGGAAUCCACGAGCAGCAUGGGUCCCAUCACAGCUCUCCAAACAUCCUGAACGGACGCCUUGGAUUACCCGGUGAGGUUUUCGGGCGAACGGAACAGUAUCACCAAGUGCCCAAUGCACGGGCCGAUCCUUACAGUCAGUAUGGCCUAAAUAUGAGCAUGAACAUGGCGCACCAUCCUGGAGCAUUCUUCCGCUACAUGCGACAACAGUGCAUCAAACAAGAGCUCAUUUGUAAAUGGAUCGACCCGGAGCUUGGUGACCCCAAAAAAUGCUGCAGCAAAACUUACAGCACAAUGCACGAGCUGGUCACACAUGUGUCCACGGAGCAUAUCGGUGGGCCAGAACAGUGUAACCACAUCUGUUUCUGGGAAGACUGUCCACGGGAAAGCAAGCCAUUCAAAGCAAAAUACAAACUAGUGAAUCAUAUCCGAGUGCACACGGGAGAGAAACCCUUCGCGUGCCCCUUCCCGGGAUGCGGCAAGGUGUUCGCGCGCUCAGAGAAUCUGAAAAUACACAAACGGACACACACAGGCGAAAAACCGUUCCUGUGUGAAUUCGACGGCUGCGACAGACGGUUCGCCAACAGCAGUGACCGGAAGAAGCACAUGCACGUGCACACGUCUGACAAGCCAUAUCUGUGCAAACUGUGCGACAAGUCUUACACUCACCCCAGCUCUUUAAGGAAACACAUGAAGGUUCACGAGGAUCAUGGUCCAGUGGUCGACUCCUCUCCUACCGGAAGCUCCGGGUACGAGUCGUCCACUCCCUCCAAUUUGAUUUCUCCGUGCUCAGAAACGCACAACGCCAUGUCUCCGGACUCCGCCGCGCUCAACAGCAGCGCACACAGCAGUUUAACCUCCACUUUUAGCGAGUGGUACGUUUAAGGACUUCGCCAAAAACGGCAUAUAAAUGGAACUAUUAUUUGUAAGUAGUAAAUGAGGCUUUAUGUCCUCAGCAUUCAGUGUUGCACUGUGACUGAAGUAGAAAAGUAUUAGUCCAUGUGAUUAAAACGAAGGUUGUUUUCUUAUAUGAAGAAUAAAAUGUAAUUUGGUCAUUUGCCAAAGACGAAGGAUGGAUGUAUAUUUCUGACUGUAGAAAUGUUUUACAGUAAUGUGUUUGAACACAAUAUUUCUGUCAUGAUUAUUAGAUAUAUUUGACGUUACGUGAUUGUACCUACCAUAAAGUCCAAAAGAUCCAAAGUGCCGAAGUCAAAUGUAGUGCGUUAAAAUGGAAACUUUUCUGUGAAUGUAUUUUAUUGUAUUAUUUCCAUGUAUGUUACACAUGUCUGGAAAUCAUCCACUCCGAGUAAUUUUGAGAAAAUCACCCUUGUUCUUAAAUGAUGGUAUAUCUUAUAUGUUUUAUUAAAAAUACUAAAUAUUUAUGA